AUCCGUAUAAAUAUCGAUGCAAAAUUAUUCGUUCACACGAACAUUCGUAGUUUGUGUUUGGAUGACAAUGGUGUUUCUGAAAAAAAUUCCUAAAAAAUAUCGAAUAGUUGGUGCAUGUUGCGGUUUUUCGAUCGCAAUUGCUGGUAUUGGAGGAUGGAUCAUAAUGCCAUAUUUAGUGGAUAAAUUAAUUGAUUUGAAUGUGAUUUUAUACAAAAAUUCCGAACAAUUUCAAAGGUGGCAUACGCUACCCCAACCCAUGGAAUUUAGAGUUUUCAUUUUUAAUGUAACGAAUGCGAAUGAGGUCCACAAAGGUGCACUGCCAAUUGUACAGGAAAUCGGUCCAUACGUUUACAAGCAAUACCGAAUAAAGAAUGUGGAAAAAAUUUCGAAAGAUCAAAUGGACAUAACGUACACUUCCAAGCAGAUUUAUAAGUUCGACAGACAGUUGUCGUAUCCGCGCAGAGAAAAUGAUAAAAUUGUGGUCCUAAAUGUUGCAAUGAACGCAGUUUUACAAAUUUCCGAAGAUAUUGCUAAUUCACAACUGGGACUGAUAAACAAUUACAUUUUCCGCAUAUUUCCGAAUCAAUCGUCACUUUACAUCCAAACCACACCGAAACAAUACUUUUUCGAUGGAGUAUCGUUUUGUUUGAAAGGUGAUGAGAUACAAGCUUUAGUGUGCAAAAUAGUGGAAGAUAUUGUCAAACGCCGACAAAUAAAAGCGAUUCGAAAAGUCAACGAUGGAAGCUUUAAGUUCGCAUUUUUUUACUACAAAAAUAACACACACGACGGACAAUACAAAAUAUUUUCAGGAUUUAAUGAUUCCUCACUAACAUCAAGAAUAUUAACAUGGGAGGGAAAACCACAUUUAACACUGUGGACCAACGAAACGAAAUCUAUUUCUAGUUGUAAUAUGUUUAAAAAAGCCACCGACGGCGUGUUGUUUCCACCUCACUUAAAGCCGGAAGGUUCUGUGAACGUUUAUGUUACUGAUAUUUGCCGCGCCGUGCAAUUGUAUUAUAGAAAAACGAUUACUUAUCAGAAAAUCAUCGGCUAUCGUUUUGAAACAGGCGAUGACUUUCUCAAUAAGAUUGGAUCAAAAUAUUCCACAAAGUGCUUCUGUAUUACUAGAUUAGAGGAAAUUCCAAAAUACGACGAUGGCUGCUUGUACAAAGGAGUUCUAGAUUUAUCCUUAUGCCACGGAGCACCAAUUAUUUUAUCGAUGCCACAUAUGACAGAGGCUGCUCCAGAAUAUCAGACAGUGAAAGGAUUGAAGCCUGAUCUAGAACGCGCAAUGACUUACGUUGACAUAGAACCGAAUACCGGCUACCCAUUAAGAGGGUACAAACGAGCCCAAUUUAAUAUGUUUGUUCGAAAGGUCGACAAAGUUGAUUUUACAAAAAAUUUGAAGACAGUCUUGAUGCCAAUUGUUUGGGUGGAGGAGGGUACGCAGCUAAAUGACAAAAUGAUUAAGCUGCUAAAUGACAAAAUGUUUACACCGCUCUUCAUAGCAAAUAUUUUAAUUUAUGCUGCUAUAGGUUCUGGCCUAACGAUAUUUUUUGUUUGCCUGAUUCAGCUGUGGAGCAGACCUUCAAGGCGAAUGCGAAAUGCGGAUAAAAUUGUUGCAGUUCGGCCUGUGCAUUGAUGUUCUAUGUCUUAUAUGAUUAGCUUUAUUUAUUGUAGAUUUUAAUUUUGAAAUUUUGUGGCGGGAAUGAAAAGCAUUUCUUAGAAUUGAAAGACGACAAUUAAACGAGACAUAGCUUGCCCGGAUCGACGAACCAUUGUUAUCAAAUUGGCUCAAGUUUUAGCGAUAUCACUCUUCAGUCGUAAAAAAUUCUCAAAAUUAUUUUAAAAAAAUU